CUGUCCUUUAUGAGUCGUUGCCACAGUGCUGCAGUUGUUCUCUCAGCGUGUCGCUUGCUGCACCUAGCAGAGAGCAAAAUGAGACCAUACCCGCACGAAAAGACGACCCGUCUCGACUGCCAGACCCAGAGCUAAACGUGGUGCGCCAAGGAGUUGCCCGUGCGGAGGACCAAGAAAAGCAACAAGGGCUCUCCGGUUGAUGGGGAGGGCUCAACGAGGUAUUGCGGGGAGCAGCAACGAGCGCACGAGGGCUGCCCAUUCAGGUUAGACAAAUUCGAGGACACGACCAAGGCAGCACUCAGCGACGGGGGCACGAUGACGAUGGGCAGCUGCCCCGAUGUAAAGACCGCUGCCAUGGCACAGGUGGGGGGUGAAGACAGGGCAGCACCUCCCGGCGCGAUGGCGCCUCCUCAAAAGAAGCGCAGCUCCCAUCAAAAGGCACUCGUCGCGCACUCGUCGCGGAGCGUCGUCGGCGUGCUGCUGCUGGCGUUGACGGGCCUGGGCGCCGCGGCUGAGCGCGCGCCCGGGCACGAGCGCCCCUCCGUCGCGGUCAAACGCAACGAUAACGCUGUCGUGCCGGCCGCGGCGGAGCGCCCUUCCGCGGUCGAGCACAGCGCAGUCGCUGCCGAGCCCGAGUUUAUGAGGAGCGUGCGCCCGGCGCAGUCGUUCGCGUCCCGCGUCGACUUUUGAACUCGUAUUUUUGAUGACCCUUGUUUUGUCGCAGGCGGCGGCGCCUUGACACGUGCGUGAACGACGAUUCGACCAGCGAUGACUUUGGCGAUACGUGCUCCGGUUGGUACGACAAUAAUGACAACUGUAGCGGAGAUUAUGACGACGCGGAUUUCUCGUCGAACGUCCAGUGCUGCAAGUGUGGUGGCAGCAAGAGGUGUGACAUCGUCGUGUCCGGAACCAGCUAUCAAAGCGGCAGGCAUGGGACCUAUGAACAAAGUGGGUCGUGCGACGGCCACCCCAGCUGGAAGUGCGACGACUGUAGCAGCACGCAAUACCUCUGGUAUCACACUGGCGGGUACUGGGCCAUUGGCUCGGGGGGCUGCGGCACAGACUCUAUAGGCAUGUAUAUCUUCACAGAUGCAGACCUCGCGGACGUGUCCGGAGAUUGGACCGAGUGGACCGGGUCCGAGUGGCAAACGAACUCCGCCAUCUCGGUCACGUGUGCCGUAUCUUGUGCGUACCCAUCGUAUCAAGGCAACGGCUAUUGCACCCCAAGCAACAACGUGGCUUCCUGCGAGUACGACGGUGGGGACUGCUGCGAGUCGACGUGCAUUUCAACCGACGUCUAUGACUGCGGAGUGAACGGGUACAGCUGUAAUGAUCCAGACGCCUGCACAGCCUCGGAAUCCGACGACUGGUGUUCCUGUGGGAUCAGCACCUCGACUUCGUACUCAGACAACGACAUUUGCUGCGAUGAAAGAUGCGGAGCAUGCGGUGGAACGGACUGUAACAGUUACGCUGACGGCAUCUCGUGCUGCACGUCCACUAUAGUUAAUGCCGAGGUCUACUGCGAAUCCCCUUCGGACGCCAGUUGCAUCAUCCCUGGGGACCCAACGGCACGGCCGACGCCUCAGCCAGUCCCAAAUCCGACGCCGCGCCCGGUGCAGCUGACGAACUAUGUCAUGACCGACAGCAACAUCAAAACGGCCGUCACGGCGUGGCUCGCGGACGCGACGGCAGCCGAGGCGACGUACGGCCUCAUUUCCACGUGGGAGACUUCAGGGGUGACUGACAUGGAUGAGUUGUUUUGCGCCGGGGACUAUUGUGACUACUUCAACUCGGGGGCAGCGUCCUUCAACGAGGACAUUAGCUCGUGGGAUACCUCCGGCGUCACGUCGAUGGAGUCGAUGUUCGACGGCGCCGCUGCAUUUAACCGAGACAUCGGUGAUUGGGCGGUCCACAGCGUCACAAGCAUGGACUACAUGUUUUCUGGCUCGUCGUUUAACCAGGAAAUUGGUGAUUGGGACACCUCUGGCGUCAAAAGCAUGGAGGGCAUGUUCGCGGUGAACACGGCCUUCGACCAGGACCUCGGCGCGUGGGACACCUCCGGCGUCACGUCGAUGGAGUACAUGUUCUACGGCGCCAUGUCGUUUGACCAGGACAUCGGCGCGUGGGACACCUCCGGCGUCACGUCGAUGAACUCCAUGUUCUACUACGCGUCGGCCUUCGACCAGGACCUCGGCUGGUGCGUGGACGACAGCGUGAGCCUGAGCUCCGCGUUCAUCAUAAGCGGGUGCUCCUCGACGUCGUGUGGCGUCCUGCAGGGCGACGCCUGCGCUCCGACGCCGCGGCCAGUGCCAAAUCCGACGCCGCGGCCAGCACCUGCCCCCACACUGCUGCCAAUUCCGAAUCCGACGCCGCGCCCGACCGAAGUACCGACGUCAGCGCCAUCUCCGCGCCCGACGCCGGAGCCUUCGCCCAAAGCUGGAGAUCCGACGGCACGACCAGUCCCAAAUCCGACGCCUCAGCCAGCACCUGCCCCCACACUGCUGCCAAUUCCGAAUCCGACGCCGCGCCCGGUACAGCAGACGAACAAUGUCAUGACCGACAGCAACAUCAAAACGGCCGUCGCUGCGUGGCUUUCGGAUCCGACGGCCGCCGAGGCUUCGUACGGCCACAUUUCUACGUGGGAGACUUCGGGGGUGACUAGCAUGCAAUUUUUGUUUUGCGGAAGUACAGGAUCUUUUUGCAACACAGCAGCGGCGUCCUUUAACGAGGACAUCAGCGCGUGGGAUACCUCCGGUGUCACGAGCAUGUACUUUAUGUUCUGCGACGCCUCGGCCUUUAACCAGAACAUUGGUGGUUGGGCAGUUCACAGCGUCAUGAAUAUGCUAGCGAUGUUCCAACGCGCGUCGGCCUUCAACCAAGACAUCAGUGGUUGGGCAGUCGACAGCGUCACGGACAUGCAACAGAUGUUCAGCGGUGCCUCGGCCUUCGACCAGGACCUCAGCGACUGGAGUAUCGACAGCGUCACGAGUAUGCAUAAGAUUUUCAACGAAGCCUCGGCCUUCGACCAGGACCUCGGCUGGUGCGUGGACAACGAUGUGAGCCUGUACGAGGCGUUCUCCAACACCCCAUGCGCGUCGAUGUCGUGCGGCGUCUUGCAAAAGGACGAGAACGGCGACUGCUCGGCGUCCUGUGCAGGCACUCCGAACUGGAUCGGCGACGGCAUGUGCGACUCGUCAAACAACAACGCUGCGUGCUCGUACGACGGCGGAGAUUGCUGCGAGGCGACGUGCGUUUCGUCGACCUCUUAUACCUGUGGGAACUACGACUGCGUUGACCCAGAUGUUCCCGUCAACCCGCCGACGCCGCGCCCGACCGAAGUACCGACGUCAGUACCAUCUCCGCGCCCGACGCCGGAGCCUUCGCCCAAAGCUGGAGAUCCGACGGCACGACCAGUGCCGAGACCGACGCCGUUCCCGACCGAAGUACCCCAUCCGCACCCGUCUUAUGUACCGACGUCAGCGCCAUCUCCGCGCCCGACGCCGCGCCCGACGCCGGUGCCGACGGUGGCACCCGGUGAUCCGACCGCGCGCCCAUUGCCGAGACCGACGCCGUUCCCGACCGAAGUACCCCAUCCGCUGCCGACGCCACGCCCAACGCCAGUGCCGACGGUGGCGCCCGGCGAUCCGACUGCGCGCCCGUCGCCGCGACCGACUGCGCGUCCAACCGCGCGCCCGACGCCGGCGCCAUCGGUGGCGCCCGGCGAACCUACUGCGCGGCCGACACCGGCGCCGACGCAGCGACCGACGCCGCGCCCGACGCCUCGGCCGACGCCCGCGCCGACGCCUGAGACCUCGGACGCCGUCGAGGGCACGAUUACUUGCGAGGGCAUCACGCUGGCAGAAGCCGAGGCGAAUGCGAACGUCUACGCGUCGGCGGUCGCCGACCUCUACAACGUCGCCGCCAGCAAAGUUAUUGUGACGUUUUCAUCUGGCCGAAGGCGUCUCCAAAGCGGGAGCGUCGUCGUCAGCUACGUAGUCCUCUACGAUUCUCCCGCAGCCGCUGCCGCCGCGGUCGACGCGGCCGCGAGCCACACCGCCUCAGACUUCCUCUCGGCCGUACAGGGCGCUGCUGCCGACGCUGGCGUGGCCGACGUAUUCGCCGCGGCUUCGGUCGAGGACGUGGGUGCUCCCGAGGCGGCGACGACCGGGCUCGACUGCUAUUACUUAGAUUGGGCCGGCGACGGUUAUUGUGACUCCCAGAACAACGUCGAGUCUUGCAAUUACGACAAGGGAGACUGCUGCGCGUCGACGUGCGUCUCCACUUCCACAAAUACGUGUGGGGAGAGUGGCUACGACUGCGUCGACCCCGACGUCGCCGCGCUCUGGAACGGCUGCGGCUGGGUCGAGAGCAAUAGUAACACGGACGGCGAGCAAUCGGUCGGCCAGGUGUCUUCGCCCGACGAGUGUAUUGAGAAAGUAAUGGAUCAGUGCCCUGACUUCGAGAUCGCGAACUUGCCUGAAUCCGGCGUGGGCGAGUGCUGGUGCCAGCAGGGGGCCUCCCCCGUGCCCGACAGCAGCGGCUACCAGUGCAUAAAUCAAAUUGUCGCGGCGCGUCUCGUUCCAGCCAGCACGGCCGCUAUUGUGCACCCGACUCACUGGUUAAUUUAUGCACAGGCGGCUUCAUGUCGUGCGUGCUGGCCAUGCAGCCGACGCCACGCCCCACAACGGAGCCGGGCAGCCCUACGCACCAGCCGACGCCCAAGCCUACGCCGAAUCCGUCUCAACACCCCACGCUGCGGCCGACUCUCUCGCCGGACGCCACUCCGGCGCCGGCCCUGCCCUACGAGUACGCGCCGACGGCCGACGCAACGCCGUACUGCAGGCUCCGCGACGCUGAAGUUUGCUGGGGCAACACGCAUAGAUUCUCGGAAGUGGUCGCGAACGCCCCCUUCGAGGGCAUCGACGGCGGCGCGUACGCAAGCCCGGCGUUCGGAGAUCUUGAUGGAGACGGGGACCUGGAUCUAGUUCUGGGCGUCGAGAGUGGCGGCAAGCUGCUCUACUUCGAGAACGUGGAAGGAAGAUUCGAGAGACGAACCCAAGGCGCGAACCCGUUCGACGGCAUCGACGCCGGCUCGAAGAGCGCUCCGGCGCUGGCUGACCUAGACGCGGACGGUCGGUCCGGCGUCCGCGGCUUCCACCUCGCCACGACCUACGUCCCGCCGCGCAGGUGAUCUGGACGUCGUGAUCGGAAGCUACGACGGCACCGUCGCGUUUCUGGAAAACACGGGGAGCCGAGAGGCGCCGACGUUCGAGAAAAACGAUAAUCUGCUCGCGGCUGUUACCGGCAAGGGAUACACGCACCCGAAGCCGACGCUCGCCGACGUGGACAACGACGGCGCUGUAGAUUUGAUCCUGGGCCAGCUCCAGUGUGGGUAUCAACCAGCCCGUCUUGCUUGCGCCGCGAAAUUUGAUUUCUGCACAGGCCACCUCGACGACAGGCUCGCCUUCUUCCAAAACACGGGCAACGCGACGGUGCCGCGGUUCGAGGAGCGGACGGACGAGGCGGACCCGUUCAGCAGCAUCGACGUCGGCCGCGACAGCAGCGUGCCGACGCUCGCGGACGUCGAGGGAGACGGCGACCUGGACCUGGUCGUCGUCCUUAGGGAAGGCCAGGUCUGGAAGAUGCGCUACUUCGAGAACGUGGGCUUCACCGGUCAGCCGCUCUUCAUGGCCCGGACCGAGAGCGACAAUCCCUUCGAUGGCAUUUCCGAGACCUACGGCUCCCCGGUGUUCGUGGAUCUUGACGACGACAGCGACGUGGACCUCGUGUUGGGACGUCAAGACGGCGCGCUCGGCCUCUACGUAAACAGGGGAACAUCUACGGCCCCAGAGUUGAUAGCUCGGGCCGACGCGAUAAGCCCACUCGAAUCCGUCGAGGGAGCCGGAGGGAACGGCGCUCCGGCAUUUGCGGAUGUGGACGGGGACGGUGACGAGGACAUCAUCAUGGGUUCGGCGGACGGCGGGCUCGUCUUGUACGAGAACGUCGGCGACGCGGGGAAGCCCCUCUUCGAAAGGACGGAUCUGCUCGACGGCGUUGUCGUGGGCGACGCCGAUAGCACGCCGAGUUUGGUGGACAUUCACGGCGACGGCGCCAUCGAUCUGGUAGUGGGAAGUUCGGGCGGCAAACUCGUCUACUACCGCAACGUGGGCUCGAUGGGCUUCGAGAAGGUCGAGGGCGCGGCGGACGACCCCUUUGCCGGCAUAGACGUCGGGAAGAAUAGCGCCCCGCACUUUUCAGACUUGGACGACGACGGCGAUGUCGACCUCGUCAUCGGGGCGGAGGACGGCAAGCUCUACUAUUACCAGAACGUGGGGUCAUCGACGGAGCCAGUGUUUGUGAACACGACGGUGAACCCCUUCGCGAACGUCAGCGUCGGCUAUUACAGCUCACCCGCGCUCGCCGAUCUCGACGGAGAUGGCGACCUCGACCUAUUCCUCGGGGAGCGCGGCGGGACGCUCAUGCAAUACGAGAACGUGGGAAGCGCGCUGGCGCCUCGAUUCGUGGCCGAGAGCGAGGCGUGGCUCGAAGUCGGCGACGACACGGACGGGAUAGCUCGGAAGCCCGCGUUCGUGGAUCUCGACGGCGACGGUGAUCUCGAUCUCGUCGUGGGAAACGGAGCCGCCGUCGCGUACUACGCGAACGGCCAUUGCAUCAGCAGUCCCACGUCGUGCAACGGUCGGGGAAUCUGCGACGACAACGUGAUGCUUCUGCCGUCGUGCAACUGCCUCACGGGCAUCGCUGGCGAGCAGUGCGAGCGGUGUCAGACGGGCUACUUCGGGGCUACGUGCGACCUCUGCCCCGAGGGCGGCAACGAGACCAACAACAUGCCCCGCAUCACUGACACGUGCGGCGUCGCCGGCAGCGGCCGGAGCCGGGGCACCUGCGACGACGGGGUCGCCGGGACGGGCAAGUGCACGUGCUUCGCCGGGUUUAGCGGCGAAAGCUGCACCAAGGGCGUGUGUCCCGCGGGUACCGUCGAGAACGCGAGGAAGAGUGGCGUGUUCUACGAGGCCUUCUGCGAGCCGUGUGCGAGGGGCGAGUACCAGGUCGACGACCAAUGCGUCAAGUGCCCGUCGCCCAGCACGACGAUGGCGGCGGGCGCGACGGGCUGCUACACGUGCAGCGCCGGCUCCUUCUUCUCGCCUUUCCCGAUCUACGACGGCCGCGACGGCAAGGACCCGGUGCGCUGCGACGACGCGGCCGCGCUCGAGGCCCAGUGCCAAGACAAGGACGACACCGCGUGCUUCGAUAAGUGCUGCCUUCCCUGCGAGCGCGGAAUGGAUUGCGAUAAUCCAGCAAACAACACGCUGCGGGGCGUCGUGAUCGACGACGGCUGGUGGCGGGAAUCGGAAUUCUCGAAGGACAUAUACAAAUGCGAGUCUGCGGUCAGCUGCAAGGGUGGCCUCUGCACCGAGGGGCACAAGGGCGUGACGUGCCGUGUGUGCGCGUCCGGCUUCUACUAUUCGGCGAUCGGUUCGCGAUGUCUCAAAUGCGGGUCCUUCCGCGCCCACCCGAUUGCCAUCGUGUCCGGAAUUUGCCUCCUCCUCCUCAUCGUCGGCUCGUUAUACGUCUUCAAGCAGCGGCGGCCCGAGCUUUUCGCCAAGACGUUCGGCGCGGCCGAGGAGAAACUCCGGAGCAUGGCAAUCGACGCCGGGCGCAAAGACAUCGACAUCCUAGGCGAGGGCAACGAAGUCGCGAAGCGGCUGGCGGAAGCAAACGCUUUGUCCGUGGCUACGGACGGCCUCGACGGCGUCGCCGCGGUCGGGAGGGGUGCCAACAGCGUGUUAUCCAAGGCGCCGACCGAGAUCAACGAGAUGGUCGUGGGAGCUGCGACGGGCGCGGCGACGGACAUACUCGCGAAGAAGGACGAGGAGGAGGACGAAGGGAGCUCCACUAAGGAAGUCGACGAGGAGGAAGACGCAGAAAAGGCGGCAGAGGAAGAGGAGGAGGAGCGCCGCAAGACGUUCUGGGAGAGCGUGCAGACGAAGCUUAAAAUUUUGAUCGCAGUGUAUCAAAUACAGAACGCGUUGCCGUGGACACUGCCCUUCGUGUCGUACCCGGACGCCUUCGAGGCACUUGUGAACUGGCUGUCGUUCAUCGAACUCGAUCUCGUGCGAAUCAUUCCCAUGGAGUGCGCGAUGCCGCACAAUUUCUUCGACAAGCUCUUCGCGUCAACGAUGAUUCCGCUAGUCCUGGCCGGCAUCAUUCUCGUGUUCGGUAAGCUUGCGUCCUUGGCGCGACGGGACCCGGCCGAACGGCGAGCCGCCUGGAUCUACGCGUACAGCUGGUUCCUUCUACUCACGUACGUUGUGUUUACUGGCGUCUCGACGACGGUACUGCGCUUCUUCAACUGCGUCGAGUAUCAGAGCAGAGACGGGGACGGCGCGAGCGUCAAGUUCAAGGUGAUGCAGGCGGACCACAGCAUCUCAUGCGAGAGUCCGACGUACGAGAAGUGGAAGGGCUACGCCUGGAUCAUGGUUUUCAUUUACCCCAUUGGCAUUCCGUCGUGGUAUCUACUUGAGCUGCUGUGGUGGCGCAAGGGCAUCAAUCCUGACGUCGACGAGCGGCGCCACAACCUCACGUCCAAAUACCGGCUAGGCAUGGCUCCGGAGACGCCGCAGGAACAGGCCUACUUCAAGUUUCGCGAGAAGGAGUCGGAGUCGAUGCGCGAUUUGCGCCACAAGGCCUUCGAGCACGUCGAGAUGGUCGCCCUCAGUCUGGACGAAAUCCAAGAGCGGAAAAUGGAGUUGCGCGCCGACGACCACGACAUACAGCACCUCGCUUUUCUCUUCGGGGAGUUCGAGCCGCGCUGUUACUUAUUUGUCGUCUUCGAGUGUUUGCGGCGCCUCGCGCUCACGGGAUUGUUGAUUUUUGUUUACAAUGGCUCGGCGACGCAAGUCGUCGUCGGUCUGUUUAUUGCCAUCAUCUCGAGCCACGUCAUGAGCGAGUAUAACCCCUACAUCGAGGAUAGCGACGACCGCCUCGCGAAGCUGGGCCAGCUGCAGAUAUUGCUCCUGUUCGUCGCGUCGCUCGUGCUGUUCGUCAAGACCAUGCCGGAGCAGGACGGCGCGCCGGGAAAUCUGUUCAAGGGACCGCUCUUCGCGGCGCUGAUGGUAAUCAUCGGGACGAUGACGCUCACGGUGACGUUCUACACGCUCGCGGUCGAGAACCUCAACAUCAAGAGCGCUAAGGACGUGCAAGAUAAGGCAAAGGAGCUGCAGGCCAAGGCCAAGGCCGCCGCCAAGACCGCCAAAGACAAGCUCACAGGCAGGGGCAAGAAGAAGGCGUUCUUUGGCGGUGAUGAGGAUGGUGGUGACGACGAGGACGACGACGACGACGACGCUGCGGCGCAGGUCGUCGUGACGCCGCACGGCGACGAGGGGCCGUCGCUCCUGGAUCAAAAGGAGGGCUGGCUGGCGCCGCCCGCGCGCGAGUGGGGGCGCACCGCGGAUGGAAAGAUGGGCUGGCUGCCGCGGCCCGCGCCGGCAUCCGCACCGCUCGUGCGCGAGAUGCCGCUCCAGCAGGAGGCGCGCGUCGACGUCGAGGCGCCGGCGGUUCAUAAGAAGCACCACCAUCACCACAAGAAGACGUCGCCCGCGGACGCAGACGUCGAGGCGCCGCCGCCGCCUCCUAGUGACGACGAGGAGGCGCCACCGCCUCCGCCCGAUGAGGACGACGACGAGGAAGCGCCGCCUCCGCCCGAUGAGGACGAGGAAGAAGCGCUGCCCCCGCCUCCCGGUGACGACGACGACGAUGCGCCGCCACCGCCGGAGGCCGACAAUAAGACGAAGGGGAACUGGCUCUUGUCGAUCAUAGGUGCCAAGAAAGUGGUGGCCGCUCGGCAAACGCGCAGCGUCGAAGCCGCAUCCGACGGCGGCGUCCCGGAAGCCAAGGCCGAGGAGCCCGCCGCGGAGGAAGAGCCCGAGGCGCGGCGCAAGAAAGCGCCGCCCAAGAAGGCGCCGGCCAAACAGGCUGUGCCCAAGAAGCAGCCGCCCAAGAAAGCGCCGCCUGCGAAAAAGCCAGACGCUCGCAAACCACCGACGCCGGCGACCAAGAAGCGCAGCUGGUUCCCCAAGGGCCGCGCCGCGCAGAAACCCGCCGCCCGGCCCGCACCGGCGCCAGCGGCACCGACGACGCCACCGGGGCAGGCACCGGCGCCGGCGGCCCAAGCGGCGCGGGCGGAGAUAGGGCGAGGGACGGCGCCGCCGGCGCCUGCACCCGCACCUGCAACGACGGCGGCGGCGCCCGCACCCGGGCCGGCGAGCGGUGUGGCCGAGGCAAAAACGGAGCGCGGUGUCGCCGAGGCGAAGGCGGAGUCCGCCGAAAGAACGUCCGAAGCGCAGCCGAAGCAAGCGCCACCCGCGAAGCCCGAGGCGAAGCCCGCGGCGAAGCCGACGACCGCGCCAGCCCCCGUGCCCGCGGCCAAGAAGCGCGGUUGGUUCCCGAUGCGCACUGCGAAACCCAAACAGGUCGCCCAGUCCGCUUCGGCGCCGGCGGCCAAGCCGACCACGCGCGCCGCGAUAGGGCAAGGAGCGGCGCCGCCGGCAACACCUGCGCCAGCCGGGGCGCCCGACGUCAAGGGCGAGCCUGUCCUGGCACCGGCGCCAGCGGCUCAGGCGACGACGCGCGCGGAGAUAGGGCGAGGGACGGCGCCGCCGGCCGACGCACCCGCAGCCGCGCCCGCGACGACGACAGCUGUUGCCGAGGCGAAGGUGGAGCCCGGUGUUGCCGAGGCGAAGGCGGAGCCCGGUGCUGCCGAGGCGAAAACGGAGCGCGGCGUCGCCGAGUCGAAGGCCGGUCCACAUGAUGGAGAAGCCGGAGCGCCGCCGAAGAAAACGCCACCCGCGAAGCCAUCGGCGAAGCCAGCGACCGCACCAUCACCCGCGCCCGCGGCCAAGAAGAAGCGCAGUUGGUUUCCCACGAGUCGCGCUGCGCAACAUAAACCCGUGGCUCAGCCCGAGCCAGCGCCGACGCCUGCGAAGAACGUGGUCAAGGGCCAACCUGCUCCGGCACCAGCGCCGGCACCCCCCACGACGACGCGCCCCGCAAUAGGGCGAGGAGCGGCGCCCCCGGCGGAGGAGGAGAAGGCUGCCGACCAGGUGGCGGACAUCCAAUACAAAAGCGAAGGCAGCUCUUCUGAAGACGAAGACCACGCGUCGACGCUCGAGCGACCGACGACCCCUCCGACCAAGGGGACCAAAGCGGACGCGGCGGCCGCGCCAGCGCCCGCGCCGGCCGCCGCGCCUGCACCGGCGACGAAUACGCGCGCUGCACCGCCGCGGGCAUUGGCGCCGGCGCCGGCUCCAGUUGCGCAAAAGCCGAAGCCGAAGCCCAGGUGGUUCCAGCGCCCAGCUCCGGCGCCGGCACCGGCGCCCCAGCCCGCGCGCGGGCCCCACCACCGGCCCGCCGCUGUGCCUGCUGCGGCACCGGCACCUUCAGCUCGACACGAGUUUCAGUCGCGCCUGGCGUCGCUCAAGCGCGUUGUUCGUGAAGAUGCGCCGACGCCGGCGGCCCAGGCGAUCACGCGUGAAGUGAUAGGGAGAGGGGCGGCGCCGCAAGCGGCGACGCGCCCCCCGCCACCACCGGCUGCGGCAUCUACUCCAUCGCCCGCCGCCGCUGCGCCCGCCGCCGCCGCGCCUGCUCCGCCGGCAGCGGCGCCCCGUGUUAUCACGCGCUCGGCGAUGGCGCCGCAGGCGCUGCGCCCCGCGGCACCGUCGAUAUUUACCGUCGUGGGCCGGGCGGGUGGCCGCCUGCGAGCGGGCGUCGAGAUGGACUCGCCGCACGUCGGCGACUUGCCCCGGGGCUCACACGUCGUCGUGUAUGAACGCGGCGUGACGAGGACGGGCGCGGCGCGCUGCCGCGUCGUGGCCGGCGAUGCGCAGGGAUGGCUCAGCGAGAAGGUCCUCGCGCCCGCCGACGGCGUGGCGGCGGAGGAGAAGGCGCGGGUGAUCGAUUCCGCUCUCCGCCUCCUGGCCACGUCCGCUAUGGCGGCCGACUGGGCGCCGGAAGACGGACCGCCCACAACCGGCUCGCGCAGUCGCGCGUCGGACACGGCGCGCUCCGCUCUUCACGCAGUGACGACGACGGCCACGUUCCGUGCGGCGGUGCGUGCUGACGCGGAAGAUGGACCAGUUGCGACGCCGGCGGGCACCCAGAGCCGCGCCACGACCGCGGCGCGCUCCGCCCUUCGUGCCGCGACAACAUCUGCCGCAUUCCGAGCACCGGCCGCUGUAUGGCCGGAAGACGGACCGGCAUCGACGCCGCCUGGCGCGCCCGGAUUAUUUCGCCCCACUCUGCAACCACCACUGCACUGCCGAGUAUGCCUCCAACGGCUGCCGUGCGAGUGCCCGACGCCGGUCCCGGCGGCGUCGACUUCGUCGUUGGAGGAUGGUCCGCCGUGAAGUGGCCCCUGACCGCCCGCGCCCGGACUCUGUACAUAACCACCCCUGCCCCCCAUCCACUGCAGUAAUGCUUGACACCAGA